CUCCCGGCCCCCCAAAUGCCGCUGGCCUGGCCCCCCCCCGCCCCCUGAGCUCCCCCGCUUCCCCUUCCCCCUCCCCGCACACCGCCUGCCGCGGCUUCCCCCUAUCGCGAUAGUCGCCGGCGGCGCGGGGGGGGGGCCGCCAUGUCGAGCAGCGGUCGCAGCCCUUUGCCGACCGUCAACGAGAGGGACGCGGAACAGCCGGGCGCCGUGGAGGGCAAGGGCGGCGGCAAGGCCAGCAUGCUGCGGGGCCGCAACGCCGGCACGGCCGCCGAGGAGCAGCCCCACAUCGGCAACUACCGGCUGCUCAAAACCAUCGGCAAGGGCAACUUCGCCAAGGUCAAGCUGGCCCGGCACGUCCUGACCGGCAAGGAGGUGGCCGUGAAAAUCAUUGACAAGACGCAGCUCAACUCCUCCAGCCUGCAGAAGCUCUUCCGGGAAGUGCGAAUCAUGAAGGUCCUGAACCACCCCAACAUAGUGAAGCUCUUUGAGGUGAUUGAGACGGAGAAGACGCUGUACCUGGUCAUGGAGUACGCCAGCGGGGGUGAGGUGUUCGAUUACCUGGUGGCCCACGGGCGCAUGAAGGAGAAGGAGGCGCGGGCCAAGUUCCGACAGAUAGUGUCGGCCGUGCAGUACUGCCACCAGAAGUUCAUUGUGCACAGGGACCUGAAGGCCGAGAACCUGCUGCUGGACGCCGACAUGAACAUCAAGAUCGCCGAUUUUGGCUUCAGCAACGAGUUCACGUUCGGGAACAAGCUGGACACGUUCUGCGGCUCGCCGCCCUACGCCGCCCCCGAGCUCUUCCAGGGCAAGAAGUACGACGGGCCCGAGGUGGACGUCUGGAGCCUGGGGGUCAUCCUGUACACGCUGGUCAGCGGCUCGCUGCCCUUCGACGGCCAGAACCUCAAGGAGCUGCGGGAGCGGGUGCUGCGGGGGAAGUACCGGAUCCCCUUUUACAUGUCCACGGAUUGUGAGAACCUCCUCAAGAAGUUCCUGAUCCUCAACCCCACCAAGAGGGGCACCCUGGAGCAAAUCAUGAAGGACCGCUGGAUGAACGUGGGCCACGAGGACGACGAGCUCAAGCCCUACAUGGAGCCCGUGCCUGACUACAAGGACCCUCGCAGGACAGAGCUGAUGGUGUCCAUGGGCUACACGCGGGAGGAGAUCCAGGAGUCGCUGGUGGGGCAGAAGUACAACGAGGUGAUGGCCACGUACCUGCUGCUGGACCACAAGAGCUCCGAGCUCGAGGAGAGCCUGUCCCUGAAGCCCCGCGUGGCCCCGGAGGUGGCCAACAGCUCGGGCCCCUCCCCCGCUCACAAGGUGCAGCGCAGCGUCUCGGCCAACCCCAAACGGAGGGUCAGCGACCAGGCCGGGCUCUCCAUCCCCACCUCGGCCUCGUACUCCAAGAAGACGCAGGCGGCCAACGCCGAGAACAAGCGAGGAGGAGCGGGAGGAGGAGGAGGAGGAGGAGGAGGAGGAGCCGGGGAGGAAGAGGGCGGCGGGGGCGGGGGGCGCCGGGCCGGCAGCACGGCCAAGGUGCCCCCGAGCCCCCUGCCCGGCCUGGAGCGAUCCAAGGGCACCCCCUCCCCAUCCACGAACAGCGUCCUGUCCACGGGCACCACGCGCAGCCGCAACUCGCCCCUGCUGGACCGGGCCAGCCUGGGCCAGAGCUCCCUGCAGAACGGCAAGGACAGCAGCGCCCCCCCCCGGGUUCCGGCCGCCUCCCCCUCUGCCCACAACGUCAGCCAGGGCGGCGGCCCCGGGGACCGGCCCAGCUUCCCGCGGGGGGUGUCGAGCCGCAGCACCUUCCACGCGGGGCAGCUGCGAGCGCCGCGGGACCCGCGGGACCCCCGGGACCCCCUGCCCUACGCGCUGCCCCCCGGGCUGCCCCCGCCCGCCUCGCCCUCGGGCGCCAGCCAGGGCCGGCGCGGCCCCUCCGCCAGCCUCUUCAGCAAGUUCACCUCCAAGUUCGUGCGCAGAAAUCUGUCUUUCAGGUUUGCCAGAAGGAACCCCCACGAGCCCGAGAGCAAGGAGAGGGUGGAGACCCUCAGACCCGCGGUGGGCCCCGAGAAGGACCCCCGCGACGCCGGGCGCGACGCCAAGCCGCGCUCGCUGCGCUUCACGUGGAGCAUGAAGACCACGAGCUCGCUGGAGCCCGGGGAGAUGCUGCGCGAGAUCCGCAAGGUGCUGGACGCCAACAGCUGCCGCUGCGAGCCCCAGGAGCGCUUCGUGCUGCUCUGCGCCCACGGCGCCCCCGGGCACGACUCCUUCGUGCAGUGGGAGAUGGAGGUGUGCAAACUGCCCCGGCUCUCGCUCAACGGCGUCCGCUUCAAGCGCAUCGCCGGCACCUCCAUGGCCUUCAAGAACAUCGCCUCCAAGGUGGCCAACGAGCUCAAGCUCUGAGGCCGGGUGUGCUGGGGACAGCUGGGGUGGCCACGGAGCUCUGGGGACACGGACACGGCGAGCCGGGAACGGCCACCGAGCUGUGGCUCUCGGGGACACGGACACGGUGACCCAGGAGCGCCUCCGAGGUGGCCACGGAGCUCAAGCUGUGAGCCACGCAUGGGACAGUGGGGGUCAGCUGGGGACAGCGCCAGGGUGGCCACGGAGCUCUGGGGACACGGACAUGGAGAUCCAGGAGCAGCUCUGAGGCGGCCACGGAGCUCCGGGGACACGGCCACGGUGACCCAGGAGUGGCUCCAAGGUGGCCACGGAGCUUCGGGGACAUGGACAGGGAGACCCAGGAGUGGCCACCGAGCUGCGGCUCUUGGGGACACGGCCACGGCCACCUCGGGGCUCUGUCUCCAAGCCACGGACGUGGUGACCUGGGAGCGGUGACCCGGGAGUGCCUCUGAGGUGGCCACGGAGCCACGGACACGGUGGGGACGCCCACGGGGGGACACGGGAGAGCCAGGAUGGACCUGGGGGCUCCUGGAUGGACCUGAAGCAUGCCCAGGCCUUGGUGGGCACGUCCUGGAUGGAGCCAGGAGCUCCUGGGAUGGACCUGGAGCCCCUGGAUGGACCUGAGAUGUCCUGGAUGGACCUGGGACCUCCAGACGGAUCUGGGGGAACUCGUGGCCGAACCUGGGACCUCCUGGGGUCACCUGGCUGGACCUUGUGCGGGGUCCAGGUCACCACGGGGACACCCUGGAUGGACCCAGGGCCACCUGGAUGCACCUGGGGCCGUCCUGUGGCGUCCAGGCCCUUGUGAGGGUGUGGGGACAUCCUGGAUGGGCCUUUGGGGACAGGGCCAGGGCUUCAUGGGGACAUCCUGGGACCCGGUGGGGACAUCCUGGUGGCCCAGGGACCUGGUGGCACCUUCUGGGAGGGGGGAGCGAGGCUCAUCUGGGGACAGGGACCUCUGGGGACAGGAGGGGUGGCCCAAGGCCCUUCUGAGGAGUCCUGGGGGACAUUGUGGAUGGCCCAGGGACAUCCCGGGUGGCCCUUGGGGACAUCCCGGGUGGCCCAGGGCCAUGUGGGGACAUCCUGGGCGUCCCUGAGCCUUAUGGGGGGGCACGGGGACAGUCUGGGGGUGGCCUUAGGGGGUGUCCCCUCCCCCCGGGGGGUGCCGGUGUCCCCUACCCCUCCCCCCCCUUGGGGACAGGGCUGUCCCUGCCCCUCCCCCCAGGGCUGUCCCCUCCCCCCGCACUCAGGAAGGCCCCGAUGGGGGGGGGAGGGGCGGGGGCGCUGCUGCUGCCGGGGAGGGGGGGGGCUCCGGGCUGGGGGUGGGGCCUCCCCUCCCCCCUCCCCAUUUUUGUCCUGCUGUAGCCCCGCCCCGGGCACCGCCCCUGUGGGCGGGGACACUCCGGGGGAGGGGCCAAGCCCAGGCCACGCCCUCUGCGGUGGAUUUUCCAGGUUCUGAUUAAAAACUU